AUGCAUUUCACCACAUUCAUUUACACCCUCCUCACGCUGGCCGUCACCAGCACCACCGCCAUCCCUCUCAGCUCCGGCACUCCUGCCAUCCCUUCACCAAAGACCAAGUCGUCCAACCUGGCCUCGUCGCCAGUCUCCGCCGCAGCCACGCCCAGCCCGACUCUGGUGGGCGCCUACCAGUGCCCACCAAACAAGUAUAAGCGAUGCUGCAUGUCUGUACAGGAGUCAUCGCGUGAACUGCUCACUAAAGUGGGUGACCUGGUGCCUGCUUUGGGUGGAAUCGCCGUGAGCUCGCAGAUCUCGUUCUCAUGCUCGACCAUGUCGGAUGCGGUUUCUCCCAACACAUGCAAUGAGCGCGGAUAUCUGCCCAUGUGCUGUGAUACUAACAAAUCGGGUUCCGGUCUCAACCCUGGAUGCAAGCCUUUUGAAGAGGUCAAGGAAAAGUACUACUCGUCUCUGGGCUACGAGCGCCCAGAGACUCAGGCGGAGUAUAUCAACGAUGUUCUGUCAUGA